UUUUCGUUUCCCCUUGAAUUUAUCGACCUCCCUGUGAAUCAACGUGAAGAAAUGGGUGUUUCCCCACUACCCGUUACGGGAUUAUCCAUAAAAGAAAGAGAAAAUUCAGAAAAAGUUUCUAGAGAGAGAAGGAAAAAAAUGGUGAAGAUUAGAGAGAGAAAGAGUGUUUUUGGUGUUCAUUCUCGUUCCACUUUUAAUCACAAAAAAUCCCAAUUUUCAUAUUCAUACGCCCAAGAACAAAUACUGUUGUUACUUGUUUUAAUUAUAUUAUUAAUAUUAAUAUUAAUACGAUACACAUUUACUUUUGUUUUUAUACAUUUAUUAGUAUCACAAAUCGUCAAUCCACCGCACAUCUCUAUCACUGAUCAUCAUACAAGAUCAUACAUACGUAGAGAGAGAAUUCUUGAUUUCGAACUUACUUUUUCUUCAAACAAUACCCUAAUUUCAGAUGCCCAUUUCUCUCUCUCUACAAACCCUAGUUUUUUCUUCAUGAUUAACAUCAGUUUUUGACCCGGUUUUCGAGGUGGGUUUGGUCUCAAUUGCAAUACCCAGUUCCCGAUUUGGAUCUUUUUCACCGGAAAUGGACGGUGCUGCUGGUGGCGGCGGUGGUUCGGAGGGGGAGAACAAGAUUCCGGCGGAGGGUGGUGAGCCCAGGGUGAAAAGGAAGAUGAAGACUGCUUUUCAGUUGGAGAUUCUUGAGAAAACUUAUGCUGUGGAGUCGUAUCCAUCGGAGCAGCUUCGAGCUGAGCUAUCGGUGCAGUUGGGUUUAACAGAUCGCCAGUUGCAGAUGUGGUUUUGUCAUAGGAGGUUAAAAGAUCGAAAAACGCCGCCGGUUAAGCGGUCAAAGAAGGAAAUUUCUGCUGCUGCUGGUGGGAGUGGUGGGGUUGGGGAUGAUGUGGUGGCUUCUGGGGAGGGGUUAGGUGGAAAUGAGCAUGGUGGGUCCGGUGGGUCGGGUUCUGGGUCGAGCCCGUUUGGUCAAAAGGAUCGGGCUGUGUCUCGAGCUAGUCCGGUGAUUAGUGGGAGGGCUGCAGUUGCAUCAACUAGUGAGAUGUCAUCUGUAAAAAGGUAUUAUGAGUCGCCACAUGCGGUUGCAGAGGCUCGAGCGGUUGCUUUUGUUGAGGCACAGUUAGGUGAGCGGUUACGCGAGGAUGGCCCUAUUCUUGGAAUGGAGUUUGACCCGUUGCCACCUGGUGCAUUUGGUGCACCUAUAGUUCAACAAAGUUCAGCUGUUCGACUUUAUGAACCCAAACCAUAUGAGCGGCCCGAUGCAAAGCCCGUGAAGGGCGGUGUGAAGGCUCUCCAAGAAUACCAAUUUCUACCCGAACAGCCGUCUGUUCGAUCCGAUUCCUUUGAUAGAGCAAUGGCGCCUCAAUAUUAUGGUUCACCAACCAAUGUUGCAAGCAGUCGGGCCCCUAUGAUCCCUGCAUACAGUGUUCAAGGGCCGGCAAAUAUCGUGCCACCUUAUCAAGGAAGACCGGGCCCGUCCGGAGAAUUUGAUAAUGUUGUACGGAAAAGCUCUUCUACCGUAAGCCUUGGAGUGGACACUCCUACCCCUCCUGGUGCUCACCCUAUAACCGGGAUAGAAAAUCCGUUUGUUACACCAGCUGUUGUCACCACCCAUGAGGAAGAGAUCACACGAAUUGAAAGAAAGCGAAAGAGUGAAGAAGCAAGAAUCGCAAAGGAGGUUGAAGCCCAUGAAAAGAGGAUUAGAAAAGAGCUUGAAAAGCAAGAUAUGUUGAGAAGAAAGAGAGAGGAACAGAUGAGGAAAGAAAUGGAGAGACAAGAUCGGGAACGCCGAAAAGAGGAAGAAAGAUUGUUGCGUGAGAAACAACGAGAGGAGGAAAGAUACCAAAGAGAACAAAGACGUGAAAUGGAGCGCAGGGUUAAGUUUUUACAAAAAGAAUCAAUAAGAGCUGAAAAGUUACGAGUUAAAGAAGAUAUGCGUAGGGAGAAGGAGGCUGCAAGGCUAAAAGCAGCAAACGAUAGGGCGGCUGCUAGAAGAAUUGCAAAAGAAUCACUCGAAUUAAUCGAUGAUGAGCGUUUGGAGUUGAUGGAGAUAGCUGCCAAAACUAAAGGCUUGCCUUCUAUGAUGUCUCUUGAUAGUGACACUUUGGAAAAUAUCGAGUCACUCAGAGAUAUGCUCCCUGAAUUUCCUCCUAAAUCCCUGCACUUGAAAAAGCCAUUUAAAAUUCAACCAUGGACUGAUAACGAGGAGAACAUUGGCAAUCUUCUUAUGGUUUGGAAAUUCUUAAUUACUUUCGCCGAUGUUCUCGGACUUUGGCCUUUUACACUUGAUGAGUUUGUUCAAGCUUUUCAUGAUCACGAUCCUAGAUUGCUGGGAGAAGUUCAUGUAGCACUUCUGAAAUCCAUUGUUAAAGACAUUGAAGAUGUAGCAAGGGCACCCUCAUCCUCUUUAGGGCCGAAUCAGACAAGCGCCCCUAAUCCAGGCGGCGGUCAUCCCAACAUUGUCGAAGGGGCGUAUGCUUGGGGUUUUGAUAUAGGCAGCUGGCAACGUCACUUAAGCCCAUUAACGUGGCCCGAGAUACUGCGUCAAUUUGGUCUUGCUGCAGGAUACGGGCCAAAACUGACAAAGAGGGGUGCCGAUCAGGCCCACCCUCGUGAAGAAAAUGAGGGUGGCAAUGGUGGAGAUAUUAUUUCAAAUCUACGCAGUGGAGCGGCGGCUGAAAAUGCGUUGGCCAUAAUGCGGGAACGCGGUUUCUCCAAUAGAAGAUCUAGACAUCGGUUGACCCCGGGAACGGUCAAAUAUGCUGCAUUUCAUGUUUUAUCACUUGAGGGAAGCAGCGGUCUUUCAAUAUUAGAUGUUGCUGAAAAGAUUCAGAAAUCUGGGCUUCGGGAUCUUACGACGAGCAAAACACCAGAGGCAUCGAUUGCUGCUGCAUUAUCAAGAGAUACAAAGCUUUUUGAAAGAACUGCCCCAUCAACAUAUUGUUUAAAGAGUCCUUACAGAAAGGAUCCUGCUGACAGGGAAGCGAUUAUCAAUGCCGCAAGAGAGAAAAUCCAUAUUUUAAAAAACGGGUAUUUUGACGGAGAAGAAGCUUUUGACCCUGAAAGAGAUGAUGCUGAAAAAGACGACGAUUCUGAAAGUGACGUUCCUGAUGAUCCCGAGGUGGAUGAUAUCAGCAUUAUUGGAAAUUUAGGGGUGAAGUCUCAAACACCGGGAAGCAUGAAGGUUGACUUUUCAGUUGACCGACCUAACAUUGUUGGUGGGACCCACAAGGGGGUUUCAGAGGAGGAUAAUGUAGUGGAUGAAAGUAUUUCAGGUGAAUCGUGGGUACAAGGGCUUAUGGAAGGUGAGUAUUCGGAUUUGAGCGUUGAAGAACGACUUAAUGCCCUUGCUGCUUUAAUUGCGGUUGCGAAUGAAGGGAAUUCUAUACGCGUUGUCCUUGAGGAACGGUUAGAGGCAGCUAUGGCAAUAAAGAAGCAGAUGUGGGCAGAGGCACAGAUCGAUAAAAGACGUAUGAAAGAAGAUUUCAUAAUGAAAAUACAAUAUCCAGCUGUCGAUGAGAGAAGUGAUUUGGUGUUGGAUAACCGUCAGGAAAACUUGGGGGACCCACAAAACGACUUUCAACCUGCAUACGCUGUUGAAAAAUCAAGGGCACAGCUAAAAUCUUUUAUUGGUCAUAAAGCAGAGGAAAUGUACGUAUACAGAUCGUUGCCACUUGGCAAUGACCGCAGAAGGAACCGUUAUUGGCAGUUUAUCACUUCCGCUUCACAAAAUGAUCCCGGAUCAGGGAGAAUAUUUGUUGAACUUCGUGACGGUCGUUGGAGGCUUAUCGACACCGAGGAGAGUUUCAACGCUCUUUUGGCAUCUUUGGAUGUUCGUGGGAAUCGUGAGGCAAAUUUGCAUUCCAUGUUGCAAAGGAUCGAAGCCCGCUUCAAAGAAGCCAUCAAUAAGACGGAGGUCAACAUUUCUGGAGUCGGGUCAAUGGAUUCCAGUAGCUCAAGCAGUAGUUUAUCUAUUCCAAAUACUAACGUUUCUGAAUUCUCAUCUUCCUUUACGAUUGAAUUGGGAAGAAGUGGCCGUGAGAUGGCUAAUGCCUUUAAAAGAUAUGAGGAUUUUGAAAAAUGGAUGUGGGGAGAAUGCUUGAAUGUACGGGCAAUGUCGUUUGGGAACACGAGAUGUGAACAACUUUUAAGAAUUUGCGAUAAUUGUCGGGAUUUAUCGCUUUUUGAGGAUGAUCGGUGCUCUUCUUGCCAUAAGUUAUUCGAGACAUUUUUCAGCAAUGAUUUACCAUUUUCUAAUCAUAUUUCUUGGUUCAAGGAAAAGUUGAAACGGGAUUCCGGUUUGUACUUUCAUAAUCGGGAUUCAGGCCGGCCCGUGAGAUUCAGAUUGCUUAAAGCUCAACUAGCAUUGAUUGAGGCAUCUAUACCAUUCGAAGCCCUUCAACCUUCAUGGACCGAUGAGUGCAGAAAAUCUUGGUGUGUGAAGCUUGUUAAUGCAGUAACUGCCGAAUCUCUUCUUGAGGCUUUGACAAUGUUAGAGAGUGGGAUAAAACGGGACUUUUUGUCCCCGGAUUUUGAAACGACCGAUGAGUUAUUGGGUUCUAAUAACUCAGCUAUUUUACAUGCAAACGGAGGAUACUCAAUGGUUUCUGUGCUACCUUGGUUGCCUGCAACAACAUCCAGUGUGGCAUUAAGGCUCAUGGAACUCGACACUUGUGUUCAUUACUUGCUUAGUCAGAAAGAGGAUGCUGAAAAAGAUAAAGAACCGACAAAUUUUCUGACUUUGCAUCCUAAAUAUGCAGCGGUGAUGAAGAACGGUGAGGGUGGUGACAAUGGCGAGUCUAUAGUUGGAACCGGGAACUCACAAGACACAUGGGCGGAUCCAGGUAGCUCGGGACGGGGCCGAGGGCGGGGUAGGGGGCGAGGUCGGACUCGUGGUGGGAGAACCCCGAGAACUGUUAGCGGCAUUGCGAGGUCGGGUGCACAAUUAGUUGGGUGGAAAGGACGGGCGCGUGGUGGUCGGGGAGGACGUAAGGGCGGUCGGCGUGGGGUCCGGACAAAGCAGGAAAAGACGGUUAAGAUAACGAACGAAGGUGAAAGGGACAGCAGGGACUUCCUAUACGAGGGAAGUCCGGUUGUCGGUUUCCAAGAAUGGAAUGAUGAAGAAAUUGCGGACCUUCGUGUUACGAAAAAUGUUAGCAGUUCAGAAUACGAGGUUGAAAACGAAAAUAACGGGGGCGAUGAGUAUGAUGAUGACAUGUUAGUGGAUGAUGGAUAUCAGAAUGUUUAUGGUGACGUGGCGCCUCGGGAGUACAUCGGGGAAUACGGUUUAGAAGGUGAAGAAGAAGAUGACGUGGAGGAAGAUGAUGAAGAUGAUCAGGGCGGUGUAGAUGUCGACGGUUUCUUCAAUGACGACUCGGGCGAUGCAGACGUAGGGCAAAUUGGUAAUAAUCCAAAUGAUGAAACGGAAUUGUCUUCGUCUGGUUAUAGCGAUUAACUAACUAGUGUAAUAUCUAGUAAUAGUAGUGUUGAAUCUAGCAUUAUAGUGAAGCUCCAAUUGUGGGGUGGAUUUGUGUUCUAUGUACAUGUAAGGAUAGGAACAGUAUUUAAUGUAUGAUGAAAUAGACCAUAGAUGGGUUAACCAUGCUUGGGUAAUGAAGAUAGUUAACAAGUA